ACAUGAAGUUGAUUUUAUGGGUCGCUGUGUACUCUUAUGCUAUAGCGCUAAGCUUUGCCAAGGGUACUUUGUAUGAUGGCUUUAAGAUGUAUGAGGUCUCCAUGAUGGAUCGGACCGCUGGAUGGGGCUUGGACUAUUCGACUCUGGCAAAUAAUAAUUCAUACUAUGAAGUCGUCUCCAGAAAUGGAGUAGCUGCUCAUAUCCUGGUGCAUCCCGAUGCACAACCAGAUUUCUUGAAUCUGCUCGAUGCCAAUACGAUGAACUAUAAAAUUGUUCAUAAUGAUGUCGGCUUAUGGCUCCAAAGUGAUUUUGAAAUGAAUCAAAAGUUACGCAAUUUGUACCCUUACCAAGGAAAGCUGGGCACAGAGCGGUAUUACUCACAUGCUGAGAUCAAUCANGGCAAGUCCUUUGAGGGCCGUUGGCUAAAGACGAUUCGGAUCACCAAUGGAGACGGACGGGCUAACAAGAAUGUUAUACUCGUGGACGGUGGCUUCCAUGCACGUGAAUGGAUCUCACCGGCUGCAGUGGUGUAUGGCAUCAACGAAUUGGUCAACAACUACGAGGCGCAUGCUCAGCUUUUGCAGGAUUACGACUGGAUUAUUCUACCCGUAGUAAAUCCGGAUGGUUAUGAGUAUUCACAAAAAUCUCCGAAUACGCGUGUGUGGCGUAAGACUCGUCAACCAAGCAGCAGACACUGCAUUGGCAUUGAUCCCAAUCGUAAUUUUGAUUUUCACUGGAAUGAAGCUGGUACUUCCCUGAAUCCCUGUGAGAGAAACUAUGCGGGACCAAAGCCUUUCUCUGAGCCAGAGACAAUUGUGGUGCGUGAUCUGAUACACAGUCUGGCGGAUCGUGGCAAAAUGUAUUUAACAGUGCAUUCCUUUGGAAGUUACAUACUCUACCCCUGGGGCUAUAUCGACUUACUCCCAGACACCUGGAAGGAUCUGGAUGAGGUUGGACGUGCUGGUAGAGAUGCCAUUAAAGCGGCUACUGGUACCGUUUACCAGGUGGGCUGUUCCACCCAGUUGCUGUAUCCAGCUGCCGGUGCUAGCGAUGAUUAUGCUUUCAAUGCUGGUUUUCCUAUAUCAUUCACCAUGGAACUGCCCGCUGGCGGUGAUAAUUAUUUCGAUCCUCCACCUGCGGAUAUCGAUAGGUUAGUCAAGGAGACCUGGGUGGGUAUUGUGGCAAUGGCUCAGAAGGUGGUUAAAAUGUAUCCAUUCAGUGGGAACAAUUCGAUGAGAAUGUAGGGUGCCACAGAUUUUUUAAAGUAUAUAUAAUCU